AUGAGGUUAAAAAAAGAAUACGAUUCAGUACCAUCAAAAGAUUCCGAGUUCGAACAACAAGAAAGCUCCACAAGUUUGAAAGAAAGUGAUAAAAAUGAAAAUUCUGAAGAAUUAGGAGAGGUUGAUGGUGAUGAUGAUAGUGAAAGGAACAAUAUGCUUAAUGACAGAGAAAGAGAUGAAGAUGAAACAGUUGUAAAUAUGGACGAAGGUUGGGAAAGUAGUUAUGAAAAAAAAGAUAAAGCUGAGAGAUCAUUAGUCCCAUGUUUGGUGAUUGCUGCUGUUUUUAUUCUUGCAUGGGUUGGUUCUGCUAUACUGUAUGCAUAUUAUCGAUCAAGUGGUGCCUCUGAAUUACCGAAUCAUUUACAAUUCGAUGAUAUUUACAAUGGAAGCUUUUAUCCCAGUGCGUAUUAUCUGGAAUGGAGUACUGUUGGCGAUGAUGAUGGAACAUUUAUAUAUCGUGAUGAACUAAGUAAUAUAGUUUUGAAACAUAUAGCUGAUAAAUCAAAGAAGGUGUUUUUGGCCAAAGGCGAAGACCUUAAAGAUCCCUAUGGCGAUUUUCUACUAUAUUUUUCAUUUAAAGUCUCAGGAGAUUCUCAGUACAUUUUACUUGAGACAAAUAGAACAAAGGGUUGGCGUCAUUCAUACGCUGCCAAUUUUUGGGUUUUUAAUACAACUUCAAAAACAGUAACACCGUUGGUCAAAUCAUUUGAAAAUUCAUCAGAUUAUCCGCUACUGUCUAUUGCACUUUGGAGCCCUGUUGGCCAUGAUAUUUUAUAUGUAAGAGACAAUGAUUUAUAUUUAUUAGUUGGAUUGACCGAAGAAAGACGUAUUACUUUUGAUGGAUCAAAUAUUAUUUACAAUGGUAUACCGGACUGGGUUUACGAAGAGGAAGUACUCGCAAGUAAUAUUGCCACGUGGUGGUCUACUAGUGGCAAAAGAAUUGCAUACCUUCGAUUAAAUGAUAGUGAAGUACCAGAGUUCCAUUUGUCUUUAUAUAACGACAAUCAUCAUAUUGGUCCCUAUCCAAAUGAUUUUGUUAUGAGAUAUCCGAAACCAGGUUAUCCAAAUCCUACUGUGGCUCUCUACAUAUAUCAUUUAGAUACUCCGUUAGCAGCACAGUCGGGACCAGUCGUGAUUGAAAAUGAUUUCAAGGAAGAUAAUAAACUAAUAACAGAACUUGCAUGGUGCGGUGAUGAUCAAUUACUAGUAAGAGUUAUGAAUCGUAUUCAAGAUAUUCAAAGGACUGUACUUGUCGAUGCAAGGAAAUUAAAAGGGAAAGCAGUACGUGAAGAAAGUACUGCCGUUACAGAUAAUGGAUGGUUUGAAAUUACAAAGAGUAUGAUUUACAUCAAACCCACUGGUAGCAUUAAAUCUGAUUCAUAUUUAGAUAUUAUGAGUAACAACGGUUAUGAUCACAUAGCUUUUUUCUCUACCCUUGAUUCAUCCAAACCGCAAUUCCUUACUAGUGGUGAAUGGGAAGUGGUAGGCAAGAUAAGCGCGAUUGAUUAUAGCCGUGAAUUAAUAUAUUUUAUAAGUACAGAACAAUCCUCGAUUGAGAGGCAUUUGUAUUCCGUAAGUUUUGAUGGUAAAAAUAAAACUGCACUAACGCCAUUGGACAAACCUGGCUAUUAUGAGGUAAAUUUUUCGCCAAAAGCUCAAUACUAUGAAUUGAAAUAUCAAGGACCUGAUGUUCCAUGGCAAAAAGUAAAAAAAAUUGGAGAUGAAAAAUUUGAAAUAGUUCUUGAAUCUAAUGAUGGUCUUCGGGAAUUAUUGUCUAAAUACGAGUUACCCAAACAAAGAUAUUUGACUGUAGACAUUGAUGGAAACAAACUUAAUGCUUUGGAAAUAAGUCCACCUAAUAUGGAUGAAAGUGGACAUAACAAAUAUCCCGUUUUAUUCAGGGUAUAUGGCGGACCAGGUUCACAAACUGUAUCACAAAGAUUUGAACUUGAUUGGCAUUUAUUUUUAGCAUCAGCGUCAAAGCUUAAGUAUAUUGUUGUGACGGUUGAUGGCAGAGGAACCGGAUUUAAAGGUCGUGAAUUCCGUAUGUGUGUAAGAACUCGAUUAGGCGAAUUUGAAGCAAAAGAUCAAAUAAGUGCAGCUAAAUAUUGGUCAACAUUACCUUAUGUUGAUAAAAAUAGAAUGGCUAUUUGGGGAUGGUCAUUUGGUGGAUUUGUUACAUCUAAAGUUAUUGAAGCCGAUUCUGGUGCAUUUCAAAUAGGAAUAGCUGUAGCUCCAGUAAUUGAUUGGAGAUUUUACGAUUCUGUAUAUACUGAACGUUAUAUGAAAACGCCGGAAUUAAAUCCUAAUGGUUAUGAGCUUAGUGCAGUAACUAAUAUGACUGGAUUUGAUAAUGCAAAAUUUUUAUUAAUUCAUGGAACUGGUGACGAUAAUGUACACUUUCAAAAUUCGUUAAGUUUAAUCGAUCGUUUUACACUUGCAUCAGUACAUAAUUAUCGAGUACAAAUUUAUACAGAUAGUGAUCAUUCAAUUCAAAAACAUAAUGCAAAUCGCGAGACUAAUUAUAACAUCAAUAUCUUAUUUUCUCCAGCUCUAUUAUUUAAUAACUGA